CUCUGCUGCGACCGCAUUGCUACAAAGUUUACAGUAGCCACAUUUGAAUGCUAGCAGCGGAGUUUUCAAGUUGGAACAUUGUAGCAGCGCCCAAGACAGUCUUAGUUACAUUUCUGUCCGUUUUCAUGGUAACAUAAACCGGUGUGUCCAUGUUCCUGAGACGAUAAAGAGUCAGUGACCCGGUCGGAAACAUAGAGCUCAGCUUUCCUUCUGCUGUACCGGGUCUUCUUUUUUGUGCUGCUUAUCGAUGUGAGGGCAGUUGUUGACCUGCUAACACGAGCACGAGCGUUUCAUGUGGAGCAUGUGCGCUUUGUUUUUUUAGUUUUUAUACAGUUUGGCAUUUUAUAGCUUCAGUUAGCUUUGUAUUUUCUUAUGUAAAUAUGCGUCUGCAUGGUAGAUUUGUAAACCACCCUUAGUUAAGACUUUAGUGUGGAAACUGUUCUUCAGGUAAUAACGGACGAUUUUAACGGUUCUGGGGAAACGUAACCAAACACCACAUUGAUCCCAAAGCAACAUGCCAAUUAGGCGUUUUGGGGGUCACAGGUCUCUGGUGUCUCACUCUCAAACUUCAAAGCUGUCGUACGGUUACAGGAAAAUGAAUGUCUCCAAAAGUGGCUACCGAGUUUUUUCUGCCAACUCCACCGCCGUCUGCACCGAGCUGGCCAAGAAGAUCACAGAACGCUUGGGGGUGGAGUUGGGCAGGUCGGUGGUUUUUCAAGAACCUAAUUCAGAGACUAGAGUGGAUGUGAAAGAGUCUGUCCGUGGACAAGACAUCUUUAUCAUUCAGACCAUUCCCAGAGAUGUCAACACGGCCAUCAUGGAGCUGCUGGUCAUGGCCUAUGCCCUGAAGACAUCUUGUGCCAAUAACAUCAUCGGGGUCAUUCCCUACUUUCCGUACAGCAAGCAAUGCAAGAUGAGGAAGAGAGGAUCCAUUGUCUGCAAGCUGCUAGCAACCAUGUUGGCUAAAGCUGGGCUAACUCACAUCAUCACCAUGGACCUCCACCAGAAAGAAAUCCAGGGUUUCUUCAGCUUCCCCGUUGACAACCUGAGAGCUUCUCCCUUCCUCAUCCAGUACAUCCAGGAGGAGAUCCCAGAUUACAGGAAUGCCAUAAUUGUUGCAAAGUCCCCUUCAGCUGCUAAGAGAGCUCAGUCCUACGCUGAAAGGCUGCGACUCGGGCUGGCAGUGAUGCACGGGGAGGCCCAUCAUUCAGAGUUGGACAUGGCUGAUGGACGACAGUCUCCCCCCUUGUCCCGCACCACCACAGGACACACUGGCCUGGAGCUGCCAUUAAUGAUGGCGAAGGAGAAGCCGCCCAUCACUGUUGUUGGAGAUGUAGGAGGCAGAAUCGCCAUCAUUGUUGAUGACAUCAUAGAUGAUGUGGACGACUUUGUUGCUGCAGCAGAAAUCCUGAAGGAGAGGGGAGCGUACAAGAUCUACAUCAUGGCUACGCAUGGCCUGCUGUCUGCAGAUGCACCACGGCUAAUAGAGGAAUCUGCCAUCGAUGAGGUGGUGGUGACCAACACUGUACCUCAUGAGAUGCAGAAGCUGCAGUGUCCAAAAAUCAAAACUGUGGAUGUCAGUAUGAUCCUGGCUGAGGCCAUCCGGCGCAUCCACAACGGAGAGUCCAUGGCCUACCUGUUCCGCAACAUCGCCGUGGAUGACUGAGGCAACGCACACUUAAAUUUUACAUUCCUGCGCUCACACACACCGAUGACCAAGAAUCAAGAUUAUUCCAUUUUCUGCUUUGACCAAUUGUACCUGUUUGUUUUGCUGAUAAACACGUUGGCACAAAUUGUUUGUAUUCACCGUAUAUGAAGCAACCUCAGCUCUUCUUUAUUCCUUUGAUUUGUUACAUAGCAGGACUGUACAAACAACACACUGUUUCACUUCACUAAUAUAAGCUUCCUACCAUCUGAAAACAUAGAUAGCACAACAUAAUGUAUCAUGUGCAGCCUCUCAGUGCGCUGCAGACUUUGACAAAUAAACAGUUCUUCUUGUGUGAGUAAA